AUGCGCGCUGCCCGCGCCACCCUGCUGCUCCAGCUGCUGCUCCUGCUGGAGCCGCGGCUCCAGGUCAGGGGCGUCGCUGAGCCGCCGCCGCCCGUCGUGGUCAUUGCCAUCCUGGCGCGCAAUGCCGAGCACUCGCUGCCCCACUACCUGGGAGCUCUGGAGCGGCUGGACUACCCCCGGGCCAGGCUGGCCCUCUGGUGUGCCACGGACCACAACAUGGACAGCACCAUGGAGAUGCUGCAGGAGUGGCUGGCCGCUGUGGGUGACGACUACGCAGCCGUGCUCUGGAGGCCCGAGGGGGAGCCCAGGCCCUACCCAGACGAAGGAGGCCCCAAGCACUGGACUAAAGAGAGGCACCAGUUUCUGAUGGAGCUGAAGCAGGAAGCCCUGACCUUUGCCAGGGGCUUGAGGGCCGACUAUAUCUUGUUUGCAGAUACAGACAACAUUCUGACCAACAACCAGACACUGCGGCUUCUGAUAGAGCAGGGGCUGCCCGUGGUGGCCCCGAUGCUGGACUCUCAGACCUACUACUCCAACUUCUGGUGUGGGAUUACGCCACAGGGCUACUACCGCCGCACAGCCGAGUACUUCCCCACCAAGAACCGCCAGCGCCGGGGCUGCUUCCGGGUCCCCAUGGUCCACUCCACCUUCCUGGUGUCCCUGCAGGCGGAGGGGGCAGCCCAGCUCGCCUUCUACCCCCCUCACCCCAACUACACCUGGCCUUUUGAUGACAUCAUUGUCUUCGCCUACUCCUGUCAGGCUGCUGGGGUCUCAGUACACGUGUGCAAUGAGCACCGCUAUGGGUACAUGAACGUGCCUGUGAAAUCCCACCAGGACCUGGAGGACGAGAGGGUCAACUUCAUCCACCUGAUCCUGGAAGCGCUAGUGGAUGGGCCCCCUAUGUGGGCUUCAGCUCACGUGACCCGGCCCCCGAAGAGGCCCACCAAGAUGGGGUUUGAUGAGGUCUUCGUCAUCAGCCUGGCCCGCAGGCCCGACCGCCGGGAGCGCAUGCUGAGCUCGCUCUGGGAAAUGGAGGUCUCCGGGCGGGUGGUGGACGCUGUGGAUGGCCGGACACUCAACAGCAGUAUCAUGAGGAGCCUCGGCGUGGACCUGCUUCCUGGCUACCAGGACCCCUACUCAGGCCGCACGCUGACCAAGGGCGAGGUGGGCUGCUUCCUGAGCCACUACUCCAUUUGGGAGGAGGUGGUUGCCAGGGGCCUGGCCCAUGUCGUGGUGUUCGAGGACGACGUGCGCUUCAAGAGCAACUUUAAGGGGCGUUUGGAGAGGCUGAUGGAGGAUGUGGAGGCAGAGAAACUUCCAUGGGACCUGAUCUACCUCGGCCGGAAGCAGGUGAACCCUGAGGAGGAGGUGGCCGUGGAGGGGCUGCCAGGCCUGGUUGUGGCCGGCUACUCCUACUGGACACUGGCCUAUGUCCUGAGCCUGGCGGGCGCCCGCAAGCUGCUGGCCUCCCAGCCCCUGCACCGGAUGCUGCCCGUGGACGAGUUCCUGCCCAUCAUGUUUGACCAGCACCCCAACGAGCAGUACAAAGCGCACUUCUGGCCUCGGGACCUGCGGGCCUUCUCCGCCCAGCCCCUGCUUGCCGAGCCCACUCACUACGCGGGGGACACCGAGUGGCUCAGUGACACGGAGACAUCCUCACCCUGGGACGACGACAGUGGCCGCCUCAUCAGCUGGAGCGGCUCUCACAAGACCCUUCGAGGCCCCCGCCUGGACCUGGCCGGCAGCAGAGGGCACAGCCUCCGUCCCCACCCCAGGGAUGAGCUGUAGGUCCCGGUGGUGACUCCAAAGGAGUACCUAGGAGGAGGCCAAAGCUGUCCCGGGAGCAGAGUUGAAGACUGGUAGCAGGAGCCACCACCAGGAACCAUAGAGCCAUUAGAGACCUGGCUGCCACCUGAGGCAUGGCCACUUUGCGCUCUGGUGCCAUCUUUCAUUGGGAGAAACCAGAGAUGGGUCCCCUUCUCCAAGGUCUUGUAGUGGAAGGGCAGGGCUCACAAGCCCUCUUAA